AUGACGAGCGUGAGUGGGUGUGGCUCAGUGAGCCUGAUUACUAACCGCAGUGCGUUCUUCGGAAGCGGACUACAACACCGUGCCGUUUCUCUUAAGCCAUGGUCUUCUUCUUCGCUUCCGUCUCGGUCCAUGGUGGUCGAAUCCAAAACCAAAACCAGCACCGAAGACAGAACCGCCCGACAUUCUCGCAUCCGUAAGAAGGUUAACGGUACAACAGAGAGGCCAAGGCUCUGCGUUUUUCGUUCAAACAAGCAUCUUUACGUUCAAGUGAUUGAUGAUACAAAGAUGCACACUUUAGCUUCAGCUUCCACCAAGCAGAAACCUAUCUCUGAGGAGUUCGAUUACACCUCUGGACCUACCAUUGAGGUAGCGAAGAAAGUUGGGGAAGUGAUAGCAAAAUCAUGCUUGGAGAAAGGGAUCACGAAGGUGGCCUUUGACCGUGGUGGUUACCCUUACCAUGGACGCAUUGAAGCUCUUGCCGCCGCAGCACGUGAACACGGUCUUCAGUUUUAA